UGGUGAUGCGCGAUGACGUCAGUACGUCCUGUAGGUAGAGGCUUGGCUAGGCCCGGCCUGGCCGCUGGUAGCCCCUUGGAUGUGACCAGGGGCUGAGGUUGUCGGCGAGCGGCAGGCACAUAUACCCAUAAACACACACCAGCAAUCGCGGCCUCGGCCAGUGAACCCCUGAUACUAUCUAUCCUGUUGGCUCUUUCUUGGUGAAUCAUGAGGAGCUGCUCUGUACCCAAGCGGAGCUGCCUUUGGGCUGAGAUGUUCCCUCGGCUACUAUCAGAUGUCAUCUGCCCUUCACAAUGCCAUUUGCCCAAGACCUGUCGGAGGCGAAGCUCAACAGCACCCGUUUCGAAUGUGAGGCCAUUACCUUCUCAGGCUCAUGUUGUGAUCUGUGGAGGAGGGAUUGUAGGGUCAUCAGUGGCAUAUCACCUCUCCAAACUGGGCUGGACUGAUGUCGUAUUACUGGAGCAAGGGCGGUUAGCUGCAGGAACUACACGACUCUGUGGCGGCAUUGUAAGCACGGUCAAGCACAUCAGCAUAGAAACAAUGAUGGCUGACUAUUCAAACAAACUUUAUCAGCAGUUGGAGCAAGAAACUGGAGUCCAGACAGGUUACAUUCAGACUGGUUCAAUCUCACUGGCUCAUACUCAGGACAGGCUCAUAUCCCUGCGACGUCUUGUCUCACGAUUACAGGUAAUGGGAAUCCCUUGUGACAUCAUCAGUCCGAAACAGGUAGCCCAGCUGCACCCUCUGGUAAAUAUCCAUGACCUGGUUGGAGCAAUGCAUGUCCCAGGAGAUGCAGUCAUCUCUCCACCAGAUGUUGUCCAGGCACUUGUGACAGCUGCUGUACACAACGGAGUCCAGAUAUACGAAGGGGCCAGUGUCAAUCAUGUGAUGGUCGAGAAAGGCCACGUGACUGGAAUUGAAACUGACAGAGGCCAUAUAGACUGUGAAUACUUUGUGAACUGUGCAGGGCAGUGGGCCUAUGAGCUUGGUUUAAUGAGCGAGGAGCCUGUAUCUGUACCACUCCAUCCAUGUGAACACUUUUACCUGGUGACCCGACCACUGGAGCAGGGAUUGCGCCCUGAUAUGCCAGUAAUCAUGGAUCUGGAUGGUAGGAUCUACGUUCGCAACUGGCAGGGUGGAGUGCUCUCUGGGGGCUUUGAAAAGAACCCAAAACCUAUCUUCACGGAGGGCAGAAACCAGCUGGAGUUCCAAAGUAUGCUUGAGGACUGGGACCAUUAUGAGCCACUCCUGAGUGCGUUGCUGCGACGGAUGCCUUCCCUGGAGUCAACUGAGAUCCUGCAGCUUGUGAACUGCCCAGAAUCCUUUACUGCUGACAUGCGAUGCAUCAUGGGAGAGUCAGCAGCUGCACAGAACUACUUUGUUUUGGCAGGAAUGAACUCCAGUGGCACGUCCUUUGCAGGUGGAGCUGGCAAAUACUUGGCUGAAUGGAUGGUUCAUGGAUACCCUUCAGCUAAUGUCUGGCCAUUGGAUAUUAAGCGCUUUGGGGCGCUCCAAAGUAGCCGCACAUUCUUACGUCAUCGUGUCAUGGAAGUGAUGCCUCUAAUUUAUGAACUGAAAGUUCCUCGUUGGGAUUUCCAGACUGGCAGACAGCUCAGAACCUCUCCUCUGUAUGACCGCUUGGAUGCCCAAGGAGCACGCUGGAUGGAGAAGCAUGGUUUUGAGAGAGUCAAGCACUUUGUCCCUCCUGGAAGAGAUUUGUUGGAGUUGGACCAGAGUAAGACCUUCUACAAACCAGACUGGUUUGAUAUUGUGGGAGCAGAAGUCACGUGCUGCAAAGAGGCUGUUUGUGUCAUUGACAUGUCAUCUUUCACCAAAUUUGAACUCAGUUCCUCAGGUGGCCAGGCUCUUGAGAUACUGCAGCACCUCUGCUCUAAUGACUUGGAUGUUCCUGUGGGACAUAUUGUACACACAGGAAUGCUGAAUGACCGAGGUGGCUAUCAGAAUGACUGCAGCGUUGUGCGCCUCAACAAACGCAGCUUCUUUAUCAUCUCACCCACAGACCAGCAAGUUCAUUGUUGGUCCUGGCUCAAACAGCACAUGCCUAAUGACAGUCAGCUACAGCUGGAGGAUGUUACUUGGAAGUACACAGCAUUGAAUUUGAUUGGUCCCCGUGCAAUGGAUGUCCUUUCCGAAUUGUCUUAUGUGCCAAUGACUCCAGAUCACUUUCCCUCAUUAUUCUGUAAGGAGAUGAGUGUCGGUUACGCUAAUGGCAUCCGGGUGAUGAGUAUGACACAUACAGGAGAGCCUGGCUUCAUGCUGUACAUCCCCAUCGAGUAUGCUCUUCAUGUCUACAAUGAAAUUAUGAAUGUGGGGCAGAAAUAUGGAAUCCGGAAUGCUGGGUACUAUGCACUGCGCAGCCUACGUAUCGAAAAGUUCUUCGCCUUUUGGGGUCAAGACCUGGACACAUUUUCAACACCACUGGAGUGUGGACGUGAAUUCCGAGUAAAGUUUGAUAAGGGGACUGAUUUUAUUGGCCGUGAUGCUCUGUUGCAACAAAGGCAGGAGGGAGUUUGCCGUCGGUUUACCAUGUUUAUCCUGGAUGAUCAUGACACUGACCUUGACCUUUGGCCUUGGUGGGGAGAACCUAUAUACAGAAAUGGGCACUAUGUUGGCAUGACAACUAGUAGCGCUUAUAGUUACACAUUGGCUCGCCAUGUAUGCCUGGGCUUUGUUCACCAAUAUGAAGAAGGUACUGGAGCUAAACUGGUGGUGAACCCAGACUUUGUCAAUCGUGGUGAUUAUGAGAUUGAGAUUGCUGGACAGCGCUUCCGGGCAAAGGCCAAACUUUAUCCAUUCAGCUCCUUGUUUACACAGAAGAGGAGAAAAGAUGAAAUGGAACUGAGUAGCUUUCAGGGGAAAUAAGAGCCUCAGCAACAUCUUUGAGUUGAAGGUGGCGAAGGGUCAAUGAUGCAGUUCCAAGAAGGGAGGUUGGGGAACGCAAACGACCAUUAUAAUUGUUGAUGGUGUGCAUAGCUAUAUUUUCUAUUCUGCACAGACACUUUGUGUAUAUAAACACGGAUAAAAAAAAUUGUUCUGAAUGUCUCACAUUCAGCCCUACAUGUGAGCACCACUCUUGUCUUUUCGUUUAUUGUAUAGAGGAAAAUGCUGCUGUCCUCUGAGGAAAAGCGAGUGUCAUUCUGAAAGUGGACCUCAGGAUCAUUGCAACUUCUUUGUACCCCAUCUCUCAGUUGAGUUUGGAAAGUCAGUAUAGACAUGUGCUGCUACCAUCUAGAUGACAUGACUACAGAUCUAACCUUUACUGAUUACACAGGCAUCGCAGUAACAAUGCCUUAUCAUGCCUUCAACUUGCAAGUGAAUUGGCGAAAAUUAAGUACCCCAGCCAAACUGAUCUUUUUCCUCUUCCCUCGUUUCUCUGCAGAAUAAUACCAGCAGAGUAGUCGUUACCCAGCUUUCCAGGAAGGAGCCUGAAACCCUAGUCUAAGAUCCUGCCAAUUUUCACUGAGGGUUUACAAUUGUUUUUGUCAGAAAGCUUGAUUACAAGAGUAUUGUUGAAGGAAAACACGAACACAGUAGUGUCCAGCUGAUUGCGAGUAACCCAUUCAGAUUAGGAUGUUUCUUCUUACAUUGAGUCUGAAAUGAAAAAGGCAAUCAAUAUAAUAAUUUUAAAAAUUAUUUGGUGCAUAAUAGAUUGAAUAUGAGCUUGAAUGACUGUUUUCUAGUGACUUUGUAGGAGAGAGAAGUAAAUGAAAGAUUGCUUCCCCCAUUGUUGCACCUGUUUCAUAACACUGAGAUGGACUACAGUUUAACACAAUUCAGUGCUGUCACUUUUAAUAAAGUUAAUACUUUCCUUCAAAACAACAUUUCAAAAGCUGCAAUCAAUGACAGGAAUUAAAUUCUGGUCUGUUGCUCUAUCCA